UUCUGAUAGGCGUCGGUUUUUGGAGAGGGCGGGCUCGGCCAAUCCUGCCCGUUGGGUGCUCGCUUCGCCCCCGCGUCAUCGUGACAACAUUCGCGCUCCGCUCGAGUGGCGAAACGCGCUGCGGGCGAGUGAGCCGGAAGGACGCGGGAGUUAGCGACGCGGCUAGCGUCUCCCUUGGAGGUGGAACGUCGGGAAUUGCGCGUUUUCUUUUGUGUUAUCCGCCAGAGAAAAGGUACGCUCAAGGGAAGGCCGGCAGGAAUUGACAUGGCGACAUCCGCCCAGUGUGUUGUGAUCACUGACGAGGAGCAGGGGUACGAUCUGGACCUGUUCUGCAUACCAAAGCACUAUGCAUGUGACUUGGAGAGGGUCUACAUCCCACACGGACUUAUUUUAGACAGGACAGAGCGACUGGCGAGGGAGAUUAUGAAGGAAAUGGGAGGGCACCACAUUGUUGCCCUCUGUGUGCUGAAAGGCGGCUACAAGUUCUUUGCAGACCUGCUGGACUACAUCAAGGCCCUGAACAGGAACAGCGACCGCUCCAUCCCCAUGACGGUGGACUUCAUCCGCCUCAAGAGCUACUGUAAUGACCAGUCAACAGGGGAAAUUAAAGUCAUUGGAGGAGAUGACUUGUCUACUUUGACAGGCAAGAAUGUGUUGAUUGUGGAGGAUAUUAUCGACACUGGGAAGACAAUGAAGACAUUAUUACAACUCCUUAAACAGUACAAUCCCAAAAUGGUUAAAGUGGCAAGUUUGUUGGUGAAAAGGACACCAAGAAGUGUUGGAUACCGACCGGACUUUAUAGGCUUUGAGGUUCCUGACAAAUUUGUUGUGGGAUAUGCACUAGACUACAACGAGUACUUUAGAGAUCUAAAUCAUAUCUGCGUCAUUAGCGAAACAGGGAAGGAGAAGUACAAGGCAUGAAGGGGACCUUUUAUAUAUAUUUUUUUUUCAAUGGCUGUUUAUAUUUUUAAGACCAAUUUUAUUUUUGAGUACCUCGUUAAAAAAAAACAACAUUGCGGUCUCAGGUUGUCCUCGGGAUUGCGCAGUUCGCCCAUUUUAGUUCCCUCCACACUGCCAGUACUCGCCUGUUUCAGUCAUUUGCCUCAGAUCAAGACAUGUUUAGGCAAUACAGCAGAUGUAAAUGUACAAAACUGUGCACAAUCGGUAGGGAAGUCAAUUGUUAACCUUUUUAAAGUAUGAAAUGGUUAACUUUGUAACGCUGCUGCUUCUUCUUUUUUUCCUUACUGUUUGGACAAAGUUCAGAGACUGUAAGGCAACAGCACGGGUUUCUGACUUUUAAUUUUGCAUUUGUUUUAAUUUUAUAUUUAUAUUUGAAAUUCAUCACUUAGUUAUGAUCACUUGUUGUGAAAAUGUCCAAAUUAUCGCCUUUAUUCUUAUCCACUCCCUCUCUUUGUAGUCGUCCUCUUUUUCUGUGACCGUCACGCUGCAGUUUUAUGGUUUUAAGUGAUAGUGAUAUAGUACAACAUACUAUAUACCCCUUUGUGGAGCUCCAAAACCUUAUACACAACAGGUGACAAACUCAAGGCCCGGGGGCCAGAUCCGGCCCGCCACAUGAUUUUAUGUGGCCUGUGAAGCCAAAUCUAGAGUGUCAAUUUCAAUUAUUCUUGUAAAAAUUUGUACAAAAAGUUUCAAAUUGUCAUGCAUCAUAAGUGAUAAACUCGAGAUAUUCCAAGGAUUUUUGUGUUACCAAACAUUUCUAGUUGAAAAACAUUACCCGUGAUUUCUGGUUCCAAAAGUAGAUCAUAAAUUGAUGACGUAAAUACGAUGUGACGAAUAAAUAUUUGGGUUGUUUCACAAUCAUAACGGCCCUCUGAGGGAAACCGGAGACACAAUGUGGCCCGCAAGAAAAAUGAGUUUGACACCCCUGUUACACACGGUAGUAGUUUUUCAUUGAAGUACUUCUGUAGGUCAACUCACUGAGUGUAUGGGUGUGAGUCACGAAUUGUCUUUUUUUCCAUUUAAAUUUUUCUUUUUUUUUUUUUUUUUUUUUUUUUUUAGCGAUGUUCCAUUCCAGUCUAUUUCGGCUGUGUCGGCCCAGUGCAGUGAGCCUUAGUUUCCUGAGCACUUCUCUCCACACUGAGAAUAUUAAACUAGCAUCUUCUUAUUUGUCA